UUAUUAAUCAUUAAUCAUUAUUAUUAUCAUCAACAAAGCCUCUCAAAAAAAGUGUCUCCCCCUCUCACAUUUUCCUUGUAUUCUUGAUCGAUGAAGGUGAAUGAGAGAGAGACGAGUUCCUAAACUAAAAUAUACAAUUAAUCAACCCUCAAACACCAUCAUCGACCUGGAUUAUCAUAAGAGAUUGAUCACAAAAUGGAGAUGCAACGUAUGAGAGAGUUGUUAUCACUCUUGUUAGCAUUCAAAAAUAACCGAGUUGGCCUUGUUGGUGGUAAUCACACUGCAGCUAGAUUCUGCUCUCGCUAAAAACUUUACCUAGUUUCUAUCCACACCUCCUCUUUUCUUUCGCACCCUUUUAUAAUUACCUUAACAUUUUCAUCAUAUCUCUUUUAGAUUUUGUUAUACAUUCUUCUUCUGCCUUAUUAUUUUCUAAUAUUACAUCACCAUGGGAUUUGAUCUAGCUGCUUCUUCCUUUGGAACAAAAGGUUCUCUUUACAACAGAAACAAAAAUGCUAGUGCAUUUUCUUUCAACCCAAAAGCCUAUUAUCUUGUAAUUAAGUUCCCUAAAUCAGGAACAUGGAAGAUUUUUUACCGUUUGGUUAUUUUGGCAUUGUUUGUGGCUUCAUUGCCAUUGAUUAGUUCUUCAUUUGUUUCAAGAAAUCCUAGUAGUCAUGAUGAUUCAACCUCAAACAUGAAGAUUCUUCCACAACAACAAAAAGUAAGUGGAUUUGAUCAUCCCAUCAACAUGGAGCAACUUUUAUCACUCCUCUUCAGCGACCUAUCGAACGAGGGCCUUGUGAAGAAUUCGAAACAACACAAAAUGGUUUUUCUUGGAGAUCAAGAACAAGGGUUUCAUCAGUUUCUGAGUCUCAAAGAUCAAUACAAAAUGGAAUACAUUCCGUUGAACGAUGUGAAGAAACAGAAAUUGAUUCCCGAUAAAACUGUUGAUUUUAUCUUCACGUCGGACUUCCCCACUUCAUCAAAAUUCAUUGACAGAGCUCUAAAAGUAAAUGGCAUUGCAGCAGUGGUGAUUCUAAAUGCCGCCGCGUUUCACAAACCCUCAAACUAUAAAGUGGCAUACAUGAGAAGGUUUGAGAAAGUAGUAAUGGCAAUGAAGAAGGUACCAACUUCACCAAUUACCGAAACAGAUUUGAAAGUUGGCGGGCAGCGAAAGUUAUUCGGCUAUGCAACCGAGGCAAAGAAAGCAGCACUUCAGAAACUUGAGGAUGUUCUCCUCGAGCCUCCACGUGCUGCCUCUGGGAAAUCAAGAGUGUAUUUGAAGCGUACAAAGUUUUUACCCGAUUUAAUGGGUGACACCCUUGAAAACUACCCUCGUCGAGUUUUCAUCGACGUAGGGUUGCCACAAAAAGACGGAGGUAGUGGAACACAUUGGUUUUCAAAGAAUUAUCCAACAAGGAACAAGAAUUUUGAGAUGUAUAAAAUAGAGACCGUCGCUGAGGGUACAAGCGCAGGUCAUAUUGAGAUGUCAGAUUGGUUGACGAAGAACGUAAAACCCGAAGAGUACGUGGUGAUGAAAGCCGAAGCCGAAGUUGUUGAAGAAAUGAUGAGGAGUAAGGCUAUCAUGUUGGUGGAUGAACUUUUCUUGGAGUGCAAGCCACAUGGUUUGAAUUUGAAACAAGGGACUAGAGGUAGAAGGGCUUAUUGGGAAUGUUUGGCUUUGUAUGGAAAGUUGAGAGAUGAAGGAGUAGCAGUUCAUCAGUGGUGGGGUUAAUUAAUUAAUUGAUAAAUCAAUUGAUUGCUUUUGGUAGAAGUAAUUAAUUUAUUAUUGCAUGAGAUUCUCAACAAACUGUACCUAAUAAUUCAUAAUAACCUAUUAAAAAAUUCAUGCAUUUUUACA